AUGAUGGAGGUGGCACUGGAAAACUUCAAAGCAAAAAUGGAUAAGAGAAGCGAAAAAGAUGAAGUCUCUGUCAAUUGGCUUAUUGAUCAGAUCAACCCAGGAAUAAACCCGACCAAAGUCACUGCCAUCUACGACGAGAUCUGCUCACAUUAUGAUAAGAACUAUGCCAUUUUGGAUUAUGAAGGGCCAAGUAUUGCAGCAGAAGAAAUUGCAAAUAUGGUUGCAGAGAAGGAGAGGCAGAAGGUGCGAGUUCUGGAUGUGGCGGCAGGUACUGGCUUGGUGGGUUGCCACCUUCAUAAGAAAGGAUUCACUAAUAUUGAUGCCCUGGAGCCCUCUGAAGGAAUGAUGAACAUCCUCAAAAACACUGGAGUUUACACUGUCAAGUAUCAGGAAUUUAUUGGCCUGGGACAGAGCACAGUUCCUAAAGAUGCUUACGACGUGGUUGUUGUUUGUGGUUCAUUCGCUCCAGGUCACAUCCAAGUUGAAGGAAUCAAUGACCUGAUCAAUGUUGCAAAGCCGGGUGGACUGGUGGUCAUUUUGAUGCGACUGGAGUGUUUUUUGUCAGAUGAUGAAUUCAAAGACAAAAUGGCAGAUUACAUGGAUCGCUUGGAGAAGACACAUGUUUGGCGACAGGUAAUGUCUCUGUGAUCACUUAUAUUCUAUUGCUGCAUAUAAAUUUAUUUUAAGAUCGGUGUUUAGUGUUGAUAUUAAGUUUAAAUAGCAGUAGUAGGAUGAUGUAUAUUAUACAUGUCAUGGUGUAAUGUUGAUUAAAGUGAAACGUCUAUAAAAACAAAUGUAAAUCUGUUUUACGAGGCCAAGUAAUGAUAAUAUAUAAUAUCCUUAUUUCUACAAGUACAUGAACAUAGUAUAGAGGCCUAGAUAACAUCAGUAACAUACUACUGUAUAGAA